CCACAGUCGGACACCCGCCUGCAGUCACUCGUCCGAGCGGCUCUACUCCACAGCAGCGCUGUCUGCUCCUGCUUCCUGGCGCCAGGUAUGAAUAUUUUACGUACGAGCGUCACUAUUGUUGUUUUCCUUUUGACGAUUUUCGCUGUUGCAUUGUGUUGCUCAGCCUCCCACAGUUUGAGGGAUUAUGCUGCGAGAAAGAGGCAGUCAAGUUUUGGAACAAAUUUAACACCGGAUACAAAAGCGGACGGCCAAAAAAUUGAUGCCACUCCAAUUCAAAGCGGAAUGCCUUUCAAUGCCAUCAAGUCUAGCACUCACUCUCUCACAGCAAGGAGAAAGCGAAGGACCAUCGACCCGCCCUACCUAGGCAAGUUGAACUUGUCGGAAUCACGAGUGGUGCAGCACUCGCUGACCAUCGGCAACCUGACGCUGGUCAAGUGGCCCAUGAUGGCCAACUUCGACGCGCAGAAGUACUGCCAGCGGGACGGCGGUCGCCUCGCCGUGGUCAGGGGCCGCCGGGACGUGGAGACGCUGCGCACUCUGCUGGCGCUCUCCUCGCAGGAGCUCGACCGCCACAUCUUCGAGGCGUACGUCACCAUCCUGAGGAGCGUGUCGCGCCAGCAUCACAACAUACACGACUACCACGGCUACGACGCCAUCCUGGACGGCUCGGCGGAGUCCUCGGAGCCGCUCGCGGACUCCUGCACCACGCUGCGCAAGGAGGGCUUGUUCAACGAGGUCGACUGCGGCUGGUCUCUGGCCUUCUUCUGCGAGAACCACCCGGCGUCCGCCCUGCGCGCCAGGCCGCAUCUCUAGCGGCGCGCGCUCCGCAGCCUCUGAGGCCAGCACGUGCUGGCAGGUUGCUUAGCGUGACAAGUACCCAUGUAGUACUUUUGAACAUGGCAAUGACAGCAACAAGCAUUUAAAACCUAGGGCAACGCUUAGGACAUACGAACACAAGAUUCACUUUAAUGGCAAAUUCAGGACAAAGAAGACAGUAAUCAAUUACAAAACCAUUUAUAAGUUAAUUUGUAGGAAAAAGACUUCACAUAAUUAAAAACUCUCAUGUUAUUCUUCUUUAAGAGCAUUAUGAAAAAAAAAUGAUUAAAAAUUAAUUUUUACGAUGCGCGUGUACAUGCAAAAAAUUGAAAGUAUGAAAAAGGACCAAAUGCAAACAACAACAAUAAUUGAGCUUCUAAUCAUAAAACUUAGUGAUUUGAAAAUAUAAUCAAUGUGAAUAUUGGUGACAGAAAUAUAUUUUAUAAUUGUUUUAAAGUGAAUUUUCAAGUAAUUUUAUGCGUAUGUUUAAGGUAGUAUUUAUUUAAUUUUUUUAUUUGAUAUAAUUUAAGAAUUACCUGAAGUCUUUAUAAUAUGAAACCAGAACUUUUAUUAUUUUCUAUAAAUUAUUUGCAUGCAAGAUUAAUUUUUUUUUCACACAUCCUAACGCGCGUACCAUGGUACACGCACCUAUUUAUUUGUAUUUACGAUAGAUUGUUUGUAUUUAGUUUUUUUUAAUCUCUAAAAAUUUCGUUGCAUGAUACAUGGUAUUGUAAAAAUUCACUUUAAUCCUUUUAUCAUAACGCGCCUUAGGAAGCAUAACUUAAAAUUUUUAAUUUUCCGUUAUUUUUUAACUAUAUUCCUUCAUUUUAAUGAAAUACUGCUUCACGGAUUUGUGUUUUUAACAAGUAUACUUGUAAAGCAUAUCAAACCCGAUUGUUUUUUUUAAACAAAUUAUGAAAAACCUUUGAA